CCUCGACUGUAAUGCACCACCACCUCUCCUAUCUUCCAUCCUUCCUUCUCUCCGAUUCUUGACUGGUCCCCACCCCCCCCAUCCCCUAUCCCGUCCGAGGAACGGGUCUCGGCCCAUCCUCGUAUCGUGUCGUGCCCAGUGCCCCGCGAUAUCUCUCUCUCUCCCCACGGUUGUUGAAAGUUCUUGCUCUGCUUUUGUCUCGAGAGGCUGCGUUUCUCGGGUGUCGCGUGGACGGACCCAUGUCGAAACAGACGUACAGAGUGUGCUUCUGCUUCCGCCGGAAGUUCGGGCCCACGUCGUCGGAGGCGCCGGAGGGGAUCAAGGCCCUCUUCCGGCAGUACUCCGAGAACGAGGUCAUGUCCGUCGAUCAGCUCCAGAGGUUCUUGAUCGAGGUCCAGAAGGAGGGCGGGGCCACCAGGGAGGACGCGCAGGGCAUCGUGGAUAAGCUCCGCGAGCAGAGGCAUUUGAACGUUUUCCAGAGGAAGGGUCUCACCCUGGAGGCCUUCUUUUGGUACUUGUUUGGCGAUAUCAAUCCUCCUCUGUCGCCGAAUCUUGGGGUGCAUCAUGAUAUGAAUGCUCCUCUCUCUCAUUAUUACAUCUAUACUGGCCACAAUUCCUACCUAACUGGCAAUCAACUUAGCAGCGACUGCAGCGAUGGACCUAUUAUCGAUGCCUUAAAGAGAGGGGUUAGAGUAAUCGAAUUGGAUAUAUGGCCAAAUUCCAACAAGGAUGAUGUGCAUGUUCUUCAUGGAAGGACCUUGACUACUCCAGUGGAACUUAUAAAAUGUUUAAGAUCUAUUAAAGAGCACGCCUUUGUUGCAUCCGAUUACCCUGUUGUAAUCACCUUGGAGGAUCACCUCACUGCUGAUCUUCAAGCUAAAGUCGCUGAGAUGGUCACUCAAACGUUUGGAGAUGUACUGUUUUCACCCGGUCCAGAGUGCUUGAAGGAAUUCCCCUCCCCUGAGUCACUGAAGAAAAGAGUUAUUAUAUCUACCAAACCGCCAAAGGAGUACCUUCAGGCAAAAGAAAUAACAGAGAAGGAAGUUGAUCCACAGAAAGGGAAGGCAGCAGAUGAAGACGCUUGGGGAAAAGAAGUCCCAGACCUGAGACAAGAUAUUGCAAAUGACGACAAGGAUGAUGAUGAUGAAGAUGAUGAGGAUGAGGAUGAUGAGGAUGAUAGCGCAGGUGGAGAUAAGCCACAGAAAAAUGCAGCUCCGGAGUACAAGCGGCUGAUCGCUAUUCAUGCUGGAAAGCCUAAAGGGGGAUUAGAUGAUUGUUUGAAGGUUGAUCCCGACAAAGUUAGACGUUUGAGCCUAAGUGAGCAACAGCUUGAGAAAGCUGUUGUCACACAUGCAAAAGAAAUUGUCAGGUUCACCCAACGGAAUUUGCUGAGAAUCUAUCCAAAAGGCACGCGUAUCACUUCUUCAAAUUACAACCCACUUAUUGGGUGGUCACAUGGAGCUCAGAUGGUUGCAUUUAAUAUGCAGGGAUACGGAAGAUCACUUUGGUUGAUGCAAGGGAUGUUCAGAGCCAAUGGUGGAUGCGGCUAUAUUAAAAAACCAGAUUUUUUGCUGAAGUCUGGCCCACUGAAUGACCUCUUUGAUCCAAAAGCUCCCUUACCUGCGAAAACAACAUUGAAGGUGACUGUAUAUAUGGGCGAGGGCUGGCAUAACGAUUUCAGUAGCACCCAUUUCGAUUUAUAUUCCCCUCCAGAUUUUUAUGCCAGGGUUGGAAUUGCUGGAGUUCCUGCCGAUAGAGUAAUGAAAAAGACAAGGGCGCUUGAAGAUAACUGGAUCCCUGCUUGGAAUGAGGAAUUCGAGUUCCCACUCACUGUCCCGGAACUGGCUUUGCUCAGAAUCGAAGUUCACGAGUACGACAUGUCUGAGAAGGAUGACUUUGGAGGUCAAACAUGCCUACCCGUCUCGGAACUAAGGAGCGGCAUAAGGAUGGUAUCGCUCCAUGAUCAUAAAGGAGAGAAGUACAAAUCUGUAAAGCUGCUUAUGCGCUUUGAUUUUCUUUGAUUCGUUGAGUGAGGAAUAAUGAGGGUGCUGCAACUUUUAUGUAAAGCAUCACCAUCUGCGUGUUAGUAUUCUUGUGUGAGAUUGUAUGUAGCCUAGUCAUGCUUCCUUGGGGAAUUCGGGUUGUAAGAUGAGUUUGAAAGCCAUAAACUAUCUGUUGAUAUAUAUGAAGUUUUGACUUUGCAUUA